UCAGCGCGUAUGCCUCUCUCUCUCUCGUCUGUCUCAUUGCUCUGAAGGAGCGAAGAGGAAAAAACGACAGGGAGUCCCACGGUGCAGUAAGAUCUCGGUCGCGCAUGCGUCGGUUGGAGUCCUCGCAGGAAGCGGGCCAGUUUGAAACUGCAAAGGAGCUCCAUGGAAACAAGGGCGGGGAGCGUCAGGGCCGAAGAGACCCGCGGAGCUAAGCUCUGGAGGUAGCCCCGGGGAGCUCCUGCGGGGGCUCCGUGUCCCUGGGAGGAGAGAGAGUGAUGGCAAGGCCAAUAAUUUCACCAAUGAGCGUCAGUGCAACAACUCCUGAAACUGUCGUGGUGCUGGACCAGAGGAUGAGAGUGGUUGAAGAGCAGACAAAUGCACUUUUGAGAGAUCUAGAGAAACUAGGUGUGAAUGGAGACAGUAUGGAACUCUUCCCUUCAAAACCCUUGGAGAACUGGGAUGGCCACCGGUCUAUCAGUCCUGUCCAUGCUCGAGUGGCAUUUGUUGGAAAGAAUGACACACUGUGGAGAACCUGCGAAACUCUCGUGAACCGGAUGUGCCGGCUGGAGAGUGUAGUGCAGACCCUGAAACUGAACAUGUUCCGGCUGCAAACGGAAAAAGAGUUGAAUCCAAAGCAUGCAGCCAAUUUAGAACAGCGCCUCAACACAAUACAGGAGGAGCAUAUACAAGAAUUAAAGGUGUUGCAAACGGAGGGGAGAACGUUGUACCAGCAGCUGAGCGAGUCACGAGAAGAGGAGGGAAAAGCCCGUGAUCAAGUGCAAAGACUGAGUGCUGCUCUUGAGAUUGCCACUGCAGCAAAGAGAGAUGUAGCCAUUGCUGCAGAGGAGCUGAAGGUGACAAACAAUCAAAUGAGCCAUAAACUAAAAGAGCUAAAGGAGCACCUGUCCAAGGAGCGUAGCAUGCGGGAAACGCUGGAAGAAUCUCAAGCAGUCCUGCUGUAUCGUAUGCAGGAUAUGGAAGUGACAGUGGAGAAAGAACGGAAACAGGUUCAUAUUCUGCAGCAGGACAGCAGUAGUCUACGCCAGGAUAUUCAGAUAAUCCAAGAAAAGCUGCUGAAGGAAGAAGAGAGGACUGUCCAACUGGAACAGGAAUGUAUACAGCUUAAAGCUGAUCUAGAAUCCCGAGAGACUACCAUUUCCAGGCUCAGUGAAGAAGGAAAAGCUGUGCAGGUGUCUUUCAGCAAAGAACAUGAGGAGAACUUGCAGCUGCGAUCCGAAAUCACUGCUUUGCGAGAUGUGGCAGAAAAAGUGCAAGUACUUAAUGAACAGUUGGACCAACAGUGUGCAGAACUGAACGGCACCCUUCAAAGUGUUACCAUGGAGAAAGCUAAACUUAUCUCAGAUCACCAGGCUGCCCUUAAGGCAGAGCAAGAUAAAAUUAGUCAGAAACUGCAAGAACAAGACUUGCUUCUGGAUGCUGCUCGGGCCAGCAUUAUGGAAGAGCUGCAGAUUGUGCAGAAUGAAAAGGCUCGGCUUCAGAGAGAAAUAGAAGCCUUACAUGCAGAGCAUGCUGACUGCAAGCAGAGAGCCUGUCAAGUUGAGGAGAGCACAGCCACCCAGAAGGAGCUGCUGGAGUCUACAGUUGCCAGGUUACGAAGUGAGCUAGAGGCUGCUCUGCAGGAGAAAGACUCCCUGCUGAAGGAAAAGGAGAAACUAGGGGAAGAGAUGCAAAAAACGAUACACGAAAGGACACAAGAGAACAACAAAUUGGAAGCAGAACUAACAGAGAAAAAGUUGGAGAUUGAUCCACUGAAAGACACACUGAAGAUACUAGAAGAAGAAAACAAGAACUUACUGGAGCGGGAAGCUGCCAUGAAACACCAACAGCAUGCCCAGCAACAAGUAGACCAGGUUUUAGCAGAGCUGACAGACAACAAAAAUAAACUGGCAUACGAGAAAGGAAAACUUCAGGUUAGAGUACAGCAGCUGGAAGAGGAUGUGCAGUCCCUUGCAGAUGCACAUUCAGAAAAUAGUCAGCUUCGCAAGCGGUAUACUGCUUUGGAGACCAAAUAUAAUCAGGCCAAUACAGAACUUGCCUCCGUCAGAAUUAGCAUGCAGAGGAUGGAAGCACAGCUAAAACAGACACAGUCUGUCCUUGUCUGCACAGAAGAAGAAUUUUCUAAUGCAGUCCAAUCCCGUGAUGAGGCAUUAAAAGAGAACCAGAAGAUUAAGGGACAAAUAAGUGCCAUAGAAGAGAGAGGGAAGCACAAGGUGGCAACUCUACGACGCAAGGUGGAAGAAGCAAAACAAGAUAACUUCAAAAUGACAACAAUGCUAGAAAAUGUGUUGGCUUCUCACAACAAAAUGCAGGUAGCUCUGGAGAAGGUGCAAACUGAGCUGGGGCGCAAGGAUUCGGAGAUUGCUGGCCUGCGGAAGGAUAGGACACAGUUCCAGCAAAGGAUUCAGAAGUUAGAAGAGGAGCUGGAGCAUUGCCAUAGCAAACUGGUCUUGGAAACUCAGCACAGUAUGAAGAUAGACCCACUCCGUAAAGCUCUGGAAUGCUCUAAAGCAGACAACAAGAAACUUCUUCAAAAUUUAGAACAAACCCGGCAGACUAAUAGUGUCCUGCAAAGCAAGUUAAUUCUUGUUCAAGAUGAGCUGGAAAGCAAAGAAGCAGAGUACCAGCAACUAUUGGAAUGCAGGGACCAGCUCAUUGAAGAGAGCAAGCUGGAGGCAAAGUUGUAUGGAGAACGCAUAGAGACUCUGAAGAAACAGUUUCAGACUGAACGAGAAGCAGCAAAGAAAGCAGCCCACAAGGAAUCAUCUGAGUUAAAGAAAGCCCUUGAAGAGGCCUGCUCUAAAUCGAGCGAAAUGUCACGCUCCAACAGAGAACUGCGGGCAAAAGUAACAGAGCUGGACGAGGCACUGGCUAGCCAAAAGGCGAAGCUGAAGAGACAGAAAGCAGUAAUCGCACGGUACUUUAACUCCAAGGCUGACAAUGCAGAGAGGAUAAAGGAGAUUGAAUCAGAGUUGAGGCAAAUGGAGGAGAUGAAGCAACAGUACCAGAAGAAAAACUAUGAGCAGUCCCUUAGCAUCAAGGAAUUUGUCAGUGAGUUAACAAGCCUACAAAGCGAGAUGCAAGAACUGGCCAAAAAUCAACAAGAAGUAGCAAAAGAGAACCAGAACCUGGAGAGUCAGCUGGAAGCAGAACGCAAACAGAGGAAGCAGCUGGUAGAACACUGUCAGACUCUGGAAGAUACAGUCAGACACUUGAAGAAAUGCAAAGAGGAUACUGAACAGAAACUGAAAGAAGCCAGUGUGGAGUCAGAACAGAUAUCCGCUAACCUGGAAGAAGCUCACCGUUGGUUCAAGUCUAAGUUUGAAAAUCUACAGCAUGAGCUGGCAAAAAGACGGCCACUGGAGAUUCCUUGUGAACAAGACGAUAAGGAGGAAAAGCCAGUGAAGCUCCCCAGCCAAGCAUGUCUGAAGCGCUGGGAGACCAAACACCACCUGAAGUUCGUCUCCAAGAAAUACCUAAAUGAGUUAAAGAAGUGAUGGGCUUUUUCUUCAGGAGGUUCCGGGCUGCAAGAGAUGAGCCUGCACCUGUGAACAGUGCUGUUCAGGCCAGGGUCUCCAGCACCUACGGCUACCUCGAGGGAGCUUAAGGCUGGGCCUUUUCAAAGUGUAAGCAGGUAGCAAAGGAGGCUUUGUGUGAACUAGGCAUGCUCUACAAUGAGGAAGAGAAGUCCUUUUUAAAAAUAUAUACAAACUGGCAAAAGGGAAAACCUCUAAUCAUUCAUUAAGUACUCAACUCUUAAAAGACUUCAGAGGUAUCUUCCAAGCAGGAAAAGUGUUUUAUUAAAUAAUGUGUGUGCCCUAGUUCUAAAUGCUUCCUUUAGGGCUCUUGGACUACAGAUCUACAAAGAGUAUAAAGCUGGCGGCUGGUGUGUUCUUACUGUCUGCCCCCAGCUGCAGUCGCAACUUCUGGAUGCAGGAGACCACUACAGGAAGACUUCCUCUGCAAUGCCCAGUGGAUGACAGUCUGUCCAUUCAUGGAAAGGAAAAGCCCCCAUCUUGGUUUGCACAAUGUCCCUCUUUCUAAGCCCGAAAGGUUGCUAUAGUCAGAAUGGGCUAGGACUCCUGUGGUGAAGUCCAGUGUCUGAGCAAGUGUAAUUCUUCCCACCACUGCAAUGUUAUGUUAGGAGAAGAUGCAAUACCUGCUGAAAAUGCUUCCCUCUACACAACUACUGAAAGGCUAGGAGUCCGGUUUUGUGCUAGAUCAGUCAAGCUGAGCUCCUCUGUUGCCUCUGCUGUCCCUCCCCCCAUUUCACAGCUCAUGAUUUUUUAGGAGGGCCUUCCUCUUAAUGGGUCAUUAUCAGUAAGAAAAUGAAACUACAAGGUGUGGGGGGAGGGGGGAUCAAAGCCAGAGAACAAUUCAAUUCAUUCUAUAAUCAUUCAUUUAAACUAGUGUGGCAGUUGAUAAAUUUACAGAGCUGGAAAACACUUGCUUGGGUCUGCAAUAGAAGGUGCCCAAAAUAAAAGAUCUUCCACCCAGCUACUUGGUUUCAUCAUAAAUCAUGGGCGAAGCUGUGUUGUACUUUUACUCUAGUUUUCUGACCUCAUUUCUCCAUUUCGGACCACCCCAAAAUAAUAAAAUUAAUAAAUUAAAAUAUACUUUUGCUUUUCUGGA